AUGGCGAAUGAGGACAGAGAGACCGAGAAAUGGAAAGCCAAGUUUACGCCAUUGUUGCACGCAUACUUGAGCCGAAAAAAUCCCAGGACGCGACCUACCAUCGAACAACUUGACAAACUCGAGUCGUUCCUGACGUCCGAAACAGAGCAUGUUCAGCACACUCAUUACCUCGGAGAUCUGGAACAGAAGCUACCUCUCAUCAAAAAGAUUUACGAGUCAUUGCCGCAACCCAAUCAUCACAAGAAUCUCGAUACAGCUCGUUUUUGGAGCGGCCUUUGGGCUCUAGAGGUUCACUCUUUAAAGGACAUUGAAGCAAGGUUUGAAGCAAUCCGGUCCGAGAAGCGCAAGGUGCGAAAGCUUCAAGAGUACCUUAAAGCUCUUGACGAUGCAGCAGCCAAAUAUCCAAAAUUGCUCAGAAUGUUCACGAAAGGGUACGACCAGGAGAAGGAUUCCGGCGGGGCACAGCUUGGUGAAGGGACGCCGGGCGACACUGCAUCAACUGCGACAAGAAAACGCCCAGCUUCAACGUCUGAACCGUCGGCGACGCCGCAGAAAAUACCCAAGAAGACGGCCAAGGAGACGCCCCAGAAGACGCGCAACAAAGCAAAAUCUGCCGAAGCACUCAAGCGCGACAACGAACGAUGUAUUGUCACAAAUAUGGAAACACCUCAAGUCUGCCAUAUCAUUCCCUUUGGUUUGUUGAACUGCGAAGAAGCGUUGUGGCCCUUGCUUGAUGCAAUGCAAGCCUGGUUUGGCAAGGAAGCAGUGAUCAAAGCUCAGAGAAUCCUGUGCGAAGAAGACGACGAUAACAUCAUUGAUGAGCCGGCCAACAUGGUCUGCCUAAACCCCCACCUGCAUAAGUGGUGGGCAGACGGCAGGUUCAUGCUUAAGCCAAGAGGACCACCACACAAGGAGCCUGUGGGAGACGACGGCGUUGCGACGGACCUCAAGACUGCCAAUCAGUCGAAUCCUCGUCACUCUAUGAACACACGUCGCGCAGAAAAACAGCCGGCCGAGAGAUUCCGAUGGUGUCAGGAAAUGACUUUUCAUUGGCUUCGAAAGACAGGUUUCCACAUGACGGAUCGUGCCGACUUCAACUGCAAUCCCCGUGACGCGUUCCAGCCCAUAGAUCACAAGACACUUGGGGCAACGAGAUUAGAGCCUUGGGAACUUGUGGUCGACGGACAGCUUAUCAAGGUCUACGCCGAUCGCGAAGCCGACCUGCCCAGCUACGAUCUGUUGCAACUGCAGGCCAACCUUCUCACGGCAUUCUCGCUCACAGCUGCCGCAGACCCGAAGCUUUACGAGUCUGACGACGAGGAUAUGGAUGCGUUUUCUUAUUAG